AAUUAGAUCAGUGUUAUUCUACUUGUUUCUUUGAAAAUAAAAAAGUAUGGGACCUCAAGGGCUAGGGCUUGAGAUUACUGAACUUAGGUUGGGGCUACCCGGAGGCAGCAGUGAGAAGAAGAGGGUGGUUUUGGGUGGGCGAGAGGCGGAUGUUUGUGGUGGAGAGGAGAAGAAGGAUAUGGAUAUGGUGGUCGGGUGGCCGCCGGUGUGUUUGUAUAGGCAGAAGAAGAGUAUGGGCGAGGCGACACAAAAAAUGUACGUGAAAGUGAGCAUGGAUGGUGUACCGAUUCUUCGAAAAGUUGAUUUGAGUUGUUUGAAAGGGUAUUCGGAACUUGGCAUGGCUCUUGAGAACCUCUUUGGUUGUUAUGGAAUUGGUGAAGCAAUGAAGGCAGAAAGCGAGAGUUGUGAAUACAUAGCAAUAUAUGAAGACAAAGAUGGGGACUGGAUGCUUGUAGGGGACGUCCCUUGGCUGAUGUUUACAGAAACAUGCAAGAGACUAAGGAUUAAGAGAAGAUCAUGUUCGAAUGGAGUUGGAUUGCACGGAAUCAACAAUUAACUAAUGAUUCAUUUAAUGGAAUUAGUUAAGUUUACCGUUUUGAGUUUAAAUGUCGUCUUUGUUUUAUAAAAAGAUAGAAUAAACAGCCAAAAUGGUCUAUGAGGUUUGGUAACUUUUGUUACUUUAGUCCAAAAACUCAAAUCUUUUGAAUCUGGGUCCCUGUGAUUUCAAUUUUGUUGUCAUUUUCAUCCAAAAUCAAAAUAUGGUUAGAUUUUUCAGUUAACAUCCAAAUUUUUUCCCUCUCUUUUAAUAAAGGGCAAAUGGUCUUUUAACGUUUUAUUAUAAUAAAUUAAAAAAAAUCUGACCAUUUUGCCCUUCAUUAAAAAGAGGAAAAAUACAAAAAAAAAAAAAAAAAAAAAAAAACUUGAUGUUAACUGAAAAAACUAACUAGAUUUUGCUUUUGGAUGAAAUUGGUAACAAAAUUGAAACCACAGGGACCUAGAUUUAAAAGAUUUGAGUUUUGGACUAAAGUGCCAAAAGUAAUCAAACCUUAGGGAUCAUUUUAGCCAUUUACUCAAAAAGAUAACUAGUAUGCGUAAUUAUGGUUUGAGGUUUAAGUUGUUUGGGACUGAUGAACCAUAACCAUCACGUAAUAUAGCAUGUCUACUACAUUUCAAUUAAUUUAUAAUUUCAUGUAGGCUAUAAUCAAACUAAAAUCCAACUAUUA